UGCCAAGUGAGGUUUUCUAAGUACUUUCCUUUAUACAACUUCAAAAUUGACUUCAAAUUUGUUAUUUUGUUCACAAAUGUCACAUACGUCAACAUGACUCAAAAAUAUGUUGUGUGGCAAGCCAAUGAAAACAAUUUUAAAUUUAAAUUCUACAUUCUGUUUUGUUUUCAACAAUGAGCAUGUAUUUUAACUUUGCGUGUAGAAGAGUACCAGUAUAAUUUACCCCUGUGGAGAUUAUGUACAAUAGUUCUGGUUUAAUACCCGCAAGGUUUUUGAUUUUGGUUGCUCAUUUCAUUAUUUGUGUUACUUUAUUAUGGAACAAGGAGGAGUCAGUGAGUGCUUGUUUAAUGGGGCAGAUGCACCUAGAGUUAGAAAAAAUUCAUGGCAGUUACCUUACACAAUGGGUGACUGGACUUAGCUUAAUGAUAACAUUUUUGUGUAUCGAAAUGCUUGCCUUUGUGCUUGGCCUAACAAUGUUUGACAGCAAUUCUGCAUUAUUGUCUGUUACUGGUCAUGCUACUUCAUCCAUAUUUCUAACAGGCUUAAUACUAAAUGGUUGGCAGUGCGAUUGGUUCUGGAUGAUUUUUAGCUUUGGAAGUGUUUUGCCAUUUGCAUAUGAUACAAUUAUAAGUAUGGGAAUACUUAUUGGAAGAAAAUACUAAUUUAUCAUAGUCGUAAAUCAAUACGCAUAAAAGUUGUUGCACGAUUUUCUUUCCAUUUUAUCCAUUUGGCUUAAUAAAG